UCGUUCACAUACACUUUAUCCAUUGCCAUGGCUUCCACGUCUCGGACGCGGACCGGAAGGGGAAGGGGAAGGGGAAGGGGAAUGGGAAGUGGAUCAUCAUCAUUGCCACCACCACCGUCAACACUGCCAUUGAUCAUAGAGGAGUUCUUCAUCGUCGUCUAUGAAGACCCUUUGGUCAAGAAGGAACUCCCAAAAAAAUUUGCGGACUAUCUUGACGGCAAGGAGCCAGCUAAGGUGUAUCUGCGAGCAGCUGACUGCGGUCCUCGUCUCUGGACCGUGGAGGUCCUAUUUGACGGACAAGGCCGGAUGUACCUCGACAAGGGCUGGGAGAAAUUCGCCAUCGCGCACGGUGUGGAUUUCGGCUGGUUCGUACACUUCAAAUAUGAAGGCGAUGAUGUGCUCACAGUGAAGGUGUUUGACGGAACAAUGUGCAGGAGGUACUACUACUCAGACGACGAAGAUACUGAUGAUGAAAGCGACGACGACGUGAAGCCAUGCAUCCAUCCCCUUUAGAUAAUUAAGGGGAUCAUGACCAAGAAUAUAUAUGUAGCUUCAUAUGCAUCGAUUUAGAGAUCUAGCUAUUUUCUAUAUAUUAUGCAUGUAAAAAAUAAUAUCGCAUUUCCACUAUUAUUCGAGCACCACAUCCUCGCCGCCACUGCUAGGUCAACGCCGGGAUGCACAAUGUUUAGCAUAAAAGUCACUUUAGAUUAAGCUGCGAAAAUAGUCACCUGCCAUGGGCUGAGGCGGCCCCUACAGAGCGGCUCUAUAUUAUAUUCUCUAAAUAAAAUA